UUCAGUGUUUUGUUGUUUGGUUUUUGAUGUUAAGCUGAUGAUCAGGGUGUAGUUCUGAUAGUGUGCAGUUGGAGUUCGGUGGAUCAGUGGACACAAUGAACUCCACCAGUGUUUCCUUCUUCACCCUCAACCAUUACAGAGACGUCGGUCUCCUCAAGUACUUGUACUUCCUUAUCCUGCUGAUGCUGUAUGUUGUCUGCCUGUGCUCCAACCUGCUGUUGAUUGUUGUCAUCUGUAUGAACAGGAGUCUACAUGAACCUAUGUACCUGUUCCUGUGCAGCCUGUUUGUUAAUGAACUGUAUGGAGCCACAGGUCUGUUUCCAUUUCUACUGAUCCAAGUUCUCUCUGACGUCCACACCAUCUCUCUUCCUUUGUGCUUUCUGCAGAUUUACUUUGUCUUCACUUACGGCAAUGUUGAGAUGGUAAACCUCACCAUCAUGUCUUAUGACAGAUACUUGGCCAUCUGCCAUCCGCUGCAGUAUAAUACACGUAUGUCUCUUAAAAAGGUGGGCAAACUCAUUGCUCUGAUCUGGUUGUUCCCCUUUAUUGAAGUCGCUGUGAUGGUGUCACUGUCCCGGCCACUGACCAUGUGUGGACACAUCAUUAACAAAGUUUACUGUGACAACUACUCUGUGGUGAAGCUGGCCUGUUUUGACACUGUGGUCAACAAUGUCUAUGGGAUAUUCUACACUAUCAUCUUUGUUGGCUUAGUCAUUUUUCUGAAUGGUUUCUCGUACAUAAAGAUUUUUAAAGUCUGUUUCUCUGGCAGUAAACAGACCAGACAGAAGGCUCUCAGCACCUGCUCUCCUCACCUGGCCUCACUCAUCAACUUCUCCUUUGGUUGUUUUUUUGAAAUAGUUCAGAGCAGGUUUGACAUGAGCAACGUCCUCUUGACACUGAGGAUUUUUCUUUCAGUUUAUUUCUUUAUUUGUCAGCCAAUCUUCAACCCACUCAUCUAUGGAUUCAACUUGACUAAAAUACGUAUUUUAUGUCGAGGUUUGUUGGUGGGUAAAAGGUAACUGUGAACGUCAUUCUUUGUUGAAGAUGUUUAUAAAAAAAAAAUACAUGUUGAUAAUUAGAAUGUAGAAUAAGACUGUGUAGAUGAAAGAUUGGUUAUAUGUUUCUUUAUAUAUAAGAAAGUUUGGGUUUUUUGUUUAGGGUUAUUUCUCUACCGGUUGUAGGAAAGAGAAUAGAACAUUUAUAUUGUUGGAACCUGUACUCAGUCCUGACGCUGGAGUUCAGUUUGUGUUUUUCUCACAGCUGUUUUACUGCUGGAAACAUCUGAAGAGAACUCCACACCUCCACACCUAGUGGUGUUGUUUGCAUUUUUAGUUUUGCUCUGAUUUAUUUUAAUUCUCCUGCUCAGUCUGUAGCUGUACUUAGGUGGCUGUCAGUUUUGCCCUGCAUUUGUCUGCCUUUUCUUUCCUGAC